CGCUUCAGCGGCAGGGUGUCAAUUUCAUCAGGUUGAUCAAACGCUCCUGACCAGGUUCCUGAGAAGCAGGACGCGCAGAUCAGCCCGAGGGGAGCUGUGGGGAGAAGGAAGGAAGGAGAGAGACGAAGACUAAAAAACAACAACACCCCUAAAGCGCAUUGCAGCAGCAGGAGAAACAGGAGCCAUCGCGCGCCCUGGACCAGCCUCUCCAAGCCUUCAUCAUCCGGAUCUCUUCUUCUUCCUCCCAUUCCGAAGACCACGCGCCCUCUUGCUUGCUUGAAAGGGCGCCCGGUUGCCAUUCAUCCAGUCUCUCUCCUCCUCUCCCUGUUCAAAGAGGGCCUCUCCGCCGCAUACAGAACAGCCCCGCUUCGUUUUACCAAACCGAAACAGCCGCAGUUCAGGACAUCCGGGGCGCAGAGAACCUCCCCUCAAAAACAUCGCUUCGGAUUCCUUGCGACUUGGGAGAGUUUCCCGUCCUUGCUCUCGCCUGGAUUUUAGACUGACAUCCAGCCUCCUUCCCUCUCUACACUUCCAGGGCCUCCUUUUUUAAAAUUAGAAUAUUAUAUAUUCCACACCCAUCCACACACACACACACACACACACACACACACACACACACACACACACACACACACACUUUCCUUCUUUUUUAUGGGGCACGAAGAAACGCUACCAUGCUUUCCAUGUCCAAGAACUCCUUUAAAAUUAAGCACCAUCUUCAGGAUACAGUGCUCAAGAGUCCAAAGUCCCCCGAUAUGAGUGGGAAGAGGAACAGAAACUGCCAGGCCCUUCAGUGUAUUCCAGGGGAAUAUAUCCAAGAAGAGGCAGCUCACGUCAGGAAAAGCGUCUCCUCCCGAGGUGGUGAAGGAUACCUCCCCGGCACCCUCUAUUGCACCAAUUUAAGAGUGGCUUUCUCACCAAACCCAUCUCCAGACACUGAGGACUGCUCCAGCCGCCCUUUCAUGCACAGCGACUAUGACGUGGCCCUUCCGUGUAUUGGGAGGCUGGUGGCCGUCAACAGCUUCACCAAAGCCAAGGUGCUGACGAGCAGCUCCACCUUGAAGUUCAUCCCGGAGGAACUGGUCAUCUACUGCCGGGAUUUCCGGGUGCUGCGGUUCCGUUUCCACGAGAGCGGCUUAGAGCCACAGGCCUUCCGGGUGACGAUGGCCAUCGCCCAAGCGCAGGAAAGCAGCGGCUGGGAUGGCUGCUAUGAAAACGCGGCGCUGAAGAACUUGGAGAACAGCCAGCUGGGCAGAGAGAAGGGAGAGCCGGAGGGAGGCUCCCCGACGCUGCUCUUUGAGAGCCCCCGCGACUGGGAGAAGGAACUGAAGCGCCUUGGGGCCGCUGGCUGGCGGGUCAGCCCAGUCAAUGAGCGCUUCGACAUGUGCACCAGCCUCCCCAAGUACCUGUGGGUCCCCAGCCGGUUUCUGGACAACGAAUUGAAGAGAGCCUUCGUACACUUCAACGAAAGACGCAUCCCGAGGUUGUGCUGGCACCACCCGGGAGGCAGCGAUCUCCUUAGAGCGGCCAGCUUCCAUGCCGAUUCGGACCCUGAGAAGGAAGACCUGAGGUGCAUGGAAACGCUGAUGCUCGCUGGCCAUUCCCAGUGCGUGGUUGUGGAGGCAGCGGCAGACCUUCCCAGUCCACCGGAGAUCCAGCAGGCCUACUCCAAACUCUGGAGUCUCUGCCUCGGCCUUGCCGAUUCAUCCGUUGCGUCAUCGGAUGAGAAAUGGUUCUCGGGCCUGGAAGCCACGCGGUGGCUGGAUCACGUGCGGGCGUGUUUGAAGAAGGCCAGCGAAGUGGCUGUUCUGCUAGCUGAGAGGAAUCGAUCGGUUGUGCUGCAAGAAUCAGACGAUCGGGAUCUGAAUUGCUUGCUGGCUUCCCUGGUACAAAUUCUUUCAGAUCCACACACAAGAACCAUAUCUGGGUUCCAGAGCCUGAUCCAGAAAGAAUGGGUGGCUGCUGGACACCCUUUCCUGCAGCGUCUCAACCUGCUCCAGAAAAAUGACCGGGACGAGUCGCCGCUGUUUCUGCUGUUUCUGGAUUGCACCUGGCAGCUGCUGCAUCAGUUCCCACAAUCCUUUGAGUUUACGGAGGCCUACCUGGUGGCGCUCCAUGACAGCACCUACGUGCCGUUUUCCAGCACAUUCCUAUUCAACUGUCAGUGGGAAAGAGGGCGAAAGAACCAGAACCGUUUUCUGAAUCAACUCUACACUCCCAUAAACGGCUGGCGACAAACCCUCUGCCUAGAAAUCCUGCAGAAAGGGCCCCACCCUCUCGAGGACGUGGGGGCUGCCUACUUGCCCCCCAUCUGGGAUUGGGCCCUGAGAUUCAGCCCCCGCCAAAGGGCACAGUUCCGGAACCCCUGCCACCGCCGGAGCAGCCACGGCAGCGGAGGUGCUCUGAACGGGAACUUCCUGCCCCCCAACGGUGACAAGAGGGAAAAUACCCCUUCAGGGAAAUGGGCUUUGUACGUUUUCGCCAAGGGCUCCCACACUUUGCAAACACACUAUUUCCCUUGGAAAAACGGCUCCCUGUCAAAGAAGGGCUGCCGUCGGGUCCAGCUGUCAGAGGGCCCUGGAGAACAAGACCGGUCUUCCACAAGAAAACCCAGCGGCUGCCUCCUUUAUCACAAGGAUCGGCUCCUUCUCCCAUCCCACGCAGGGCCCUCCAUCCACUUAUGGAAAAGGUGCUACCUUCGUGGGAACCCAGACGUUCAGGUCGGCCUCUUCGCUUCCAGCAUUGCCAGCCUUUCAGAGGAACUGGAUCUUCUUCGAGAGCAAAUGAAGUUCUGGCAAGUGGGAAACUUACAGCACAGCUCCUGAGAGUGACCAGGUGCUCCGCUAAGGACUGAUGACGCACGGACGGAGCUCCCCUUUUCCAUUCCGCUGAUCACAGGGCUGGAGCGUCAGAGUGUCCAGGGCAGAAUCGGGGCCAGUUGCAGUUGAAUUCAGCCAGGUUUUAUACAAGGCUUAAGUGGGAUCCUUCACACAUUCCCUUCCUGAAGCUCAUAUCCAGAAAAGACAACAGCAGGAUAGCUAUGUGGUUGAACUGUUAUAUUUCUCUACGUAGAAAGGGUCCAUUAGGCACUUUCCUUCACUUUGCCUACAAUAGGCUACCUGUAAAUUGCUGAACAGUAUUGUCAGAGGGCAUGAAAUGCUGCUUAUACAUUCAGUAUAUAUUGAUUGUCAAGGCUGAAUCCGCAGGCACGUCAGUUUGCCUGGGUACAUAAAAAAAUAAUGUUGCUACCUAGCAAAUUAAUAUGUCCACACACACAUAUGUCUCCACAACCAGCCCCUCUCUGUUUAUCACGUUUGCAGAGUUUGUUAUUACAUCUCAUUGCUAUGUCUUGAGCGCCUACUGUAUAUAUUUUUUCAAACAUAGUGGGAAAUUAUUUCCAUAGUCUUAUCAAGACAACGGUUGAUGCUGCUGUUAUAUUUUCGCUGUGAAGGAUUUUAUUUUAUAAGCUUUUGUCCAGAAGCCUUAAUAGCAAAUGGAAAACAAGUGAUUUCAAGUUAAAUGUUUUGUCUUUUAAACCUCGUGAAUGCAAUACACCCAGCCACCUGCCUGUGCUUACCACACCUGGCGUACGCGGAUGAUACAUAGGCAGGUGGGCUUGUGAUCUUUUGAAGCCUCAUUUCCAAGGCUGCAGUAAACUACUUAAUGUAUCAUGCAGGGUCUGUUCUGGUGAAUUUUGAAUAAAUGUCUCUGGAUCACCUCCUGCUUCUAAAGAAGUAGCUGAAGAUUAGAGUUUGCAGAAACGGGGGAUCUGCUGAAAUGCCCCCCCAUCUGAGAGGACUAAGCUCUCAGUGUAUCCACACCCCCAAGGUGAUGAUUCCCUCUCCUGCCUCAGAACAUCUCAGAAAAGAUGUUCUGAGUGGAUCCACGGUUUGUUUCCUUUAAAACAUCUUCACACACAUAAUAUCAUGUGGGAACUGACUGAAUUAUAGUCAACCACUUGCCCAGUCUAAUUGGCAACCUGGUCCAAUCUGAUCUUAUGCAGGUUUCCCUGGGAGUAAGUCCAAAUGUGUCCAGUGAGGCUUACUCCUAGGUAAGUGUACACAAGAUGGCUGCCUUAAUGUUUUUUUACUCUACAUGCCUGAUCUUCUCUUGUAUGUUUUACGCCUCUCUCUUUCUCCUGUUCUAUUCUUUUCUUUGUCUUUCUCCACUUAAAUCACACACACCUUUAUCAGUCGAAUUGAUGAUGCUGCAUUUGGGAGGGUCUGUCCCCCCUUACCCUGCUUUUACAUUAUACCAUUCACGCAAGCAGAGUACUGAUACUAGCUGGAAAAUAAAUAAAGAAGUUGUAUCGUUUCUCUGAAGCAAUUGGGAUGGAGGAUAUGCUGUGCUGAUCUACACAUUCCUGGUAGCAUGAAGCACCUGAGCAACAAAGUAUAAGGGGCAUUAACACACACUCUGUGAAUAUUUUUAUAGCAACGUUUCUA